AUGGCUUUAAUGCAUAAUGCGCAACCGAAAAAUUGGUUAAUUGCUGGGCCAUUUUUUCGACAGUGGUACUAUGCAGAAGGUUUGGCUCACCGACCACCAUCAACGACACGUAGACCGUGCGUUGGAGAAUGGAAACGUGAUUUCGAUCGUGACAAGGCUGUUGAUGCGAUAAACACAUUCAGGAAGGAACUUGUAAAUGGAAAAUUUCGGACCAAAAACGCCAAAUUUCCAAAGGGUAGAGAGAUGUAUAAAAUGAGAUGGAAUUGUACUUUAGAAAAAAUGGCUCAAGAAAAAGCUUCUAAAUGUGGUAUUGGUACAAAUGGUCCACCAGAAGAAGAAGAAGAAGACAUCGGAGAAGCUACUCACGUUGUAUUUCGACCUGCAAACAGCGCCUUGGCUGAACCGAUACAUGAAGCACUAAAGGUAUGGGUGAAAAGAGUAGAAGACGGUUUCGAGGAUAAUAGUCUGUCAACCUGCGAAUUUUUCGAUGAAUAUGCCGAAUUCAUACAGGUUGCAUCUGGAUUAACUACGGAUGUUGGUUGUGCAAUGAAUCCUUCAUGCAAUUUUACGGAAAACAAUAAUGAUUAUGAUACGGAAAAUAUUCAUGAUUUAGUUCCUACAAAGAAAAAGAAAAAGUUUAAGGCACAAAGACAUUACCAUGGAGAAUCAUUCAAGAAAUUAUACGUAAAGGGAAAGCGAUGUCAUAGAGGUUGGAAAUGCGCCAAACACGAUUCAUCUUGCAAUAGCGAUAAACUCUGUGAAUUCGAAUCGCCUGGGUAUUAUGAUGAAUGUUGUUAUGAGAAAUGA